ACUACCACUCCACAAGCCUUUAACCAUGUAAGCUAACCAAUCUCUCAGAGCCUCGGAGUUUCCAUUAAUGGCGGUUUCUGUGUUUCUUUUCUUAACAGAAACUGGAAUUCGUCUGUGCCAGUGAUAGCUUUUCCGGUUUUUGCAGAAAUUAACAAAAUUUGUUUUCACAGUGGAUUCUCAUUCUCAAUUGAUCACGUAUAAAUUUCUAUCCGAUAAGCUGGUGAAAGAUUGCAAUUCGUGAGGGUUUACUUCUUGAAAACCUAAUGUUCUCUGGCAUGUGAUUGGGAUGGUUACUAAUGGCUCGAGACGGAUGCAGUGUUACUGCUGAUCCUCAGGUUGCUCUGAAUAAGAAAACAGCUGUCUCGAGAAGCUGGAUUUUGCUGGAUUGCACUGGAGAUGGCACCAUAUUGGAUGUCGACAAGUAUGCUAUUAUGCAGAGAGUUCAGAUUCAUGCCAGAGAUCUUAGGAUCCUUGAUCCUCUGUUAUCGUAUCCUUCUACAAUAUUAGGUCGAGAAAAGGCUAUUGUUCUCAAUUUGGAGCAUAUCAAAGCAAUAAUCACUGCAGAUGAGGUAUUGCUUCGGGAUCCACUAGAUGAUAAUAUUAUUCCCAUUGUUGAAGAACUUAGAAGGCGAUUGCUCCCUUCAAAUCUCGUUCACCAAGAUGAAGAUGGGAAGGAGCAUCUGAGUGGGCAAAAUGAUGAAGCAGGCGAAGAAGAUGAGUCUCCAUUUGAAUUCCGGGCACUGGAAGUAGCCUUAGAAGCUAUUUGUAGUUUUCUUGGUGCACGUACAACAGAACUGGAGACUGCUGCUUACCCAGCUUUAGAUGAGCUAACCUCGAAGAUUAGUAGCCGGAACUUGGAUCGGGUACGUAAAUUGAAGGGUGCAAUGACAAGGUUGACUGCUCGAGUUCAAAAGGUAAGAGAUGAACUUGAACAACUUCUGGAUGAUGAUGAUGAUAUGGCCGACCUAUACUUGUCAAGAAAAUUGGGUGGGCCUUCUUCACCUGUUAGUGCCUCUGGUGCACCUAAUUGGUUCACUGCAUCUCCUACUAUAGGAUCAAAGAUAUCCAGAGCGAGUAGGGCAAGUGCUGCAACCUUUCGUGGAGAUGAGAAUGAUGUUGAGGAGCUUGAAAUGUUACUUGAGGCAUAUUUUAUGCAGAUUGACGGGACAUUGAACAAAUUGACUACGCUGCGUGAAUAUAUCGAUGACACAGAGGAUUACAUUAAUAUUCAGCUUGACAAUCAUCGAAAUCAGUUGAUUCAGCUGGAGCUCUUCUUAAGUGCUGGCACUGUUUGUUUAUCCAUCUACUCUUUGGUGGCUGGAAUAUUUGGCAUGAACAUCCCAUAUACAUGGAAUGAUAACCAUGAUUACUUGUUUAAAUGGGUGGUUAUCGUCUCGGGAAUAGCUUGUAUUUCCAUUUUUGUAUUGAUCAUUUCCUAUGCGCACCACAAAGGUCUCAUUGGGUCUUGAAUAUCUUCAAAAUAAGUAGGCAGAAUCUGAUUGGAGUUGAGGGAAUUAAACUUUGAUUACUCGUGUAAUCUUUCCAUGGCA